AUGGUAACUUUACAAGAAUAUUUAAAUCAGCAGUAUCCCACUAAGCAGGAUAAAGAGGGGGUAAAAAAGAUUAAUUUUUAUGAAAUUUAUAGGAAAGAUGAACAAAAAUUUUUCACUAGUAUUCUCAUUAGAAGUAUAGGAAAGAUGAACAAAAAUUUUAAUUUAGAGGGAGAAGAAUUAGAUUUAAGGGAGUUUAAGAAUUUGGAGUAUUUGAAAGUUGGUAAGUUACUUCUAACUAAAUUAGAUGUCGGUGGUUUGGUUAAUUUGAAAGAACUUUUUUGCUCGAUGAAUACAUUAACUUAUCUUGAUUUAAAUGGUUGUGCUAAUUUAGAGACAUUAAGUUGCGGAGAUAAUUACCUUACCUCCAUAGACUUCUUAAACCAAUUACCUAAUCCCGAGAAAUUAGAAAAUUUAGUGAUUUACGAUAACAAUAUCCAACCCACCGACAUAGAGAUAUUUAGUAAGUUUGUUAAUUUACGAUACUUAAAAAUAGGAAAUAUGGAAAUUAGUUCAAGUUUAAAAUAUAUCCAUCGUAAUAAAUUCUACGGUUCCCUUAAAUCUUAUCAAAAUUUAACUAAACUAGAAAGAAUUUGUAUUGAAGCCACCGAUGUAAAUGAAGGAUUAGAAUAUUUACCGGAGAUUAAUAAAAAAUACCCUAAUUUAACCAAACAAAUCCAAGAACUAAGUCAAAAAAUCACCCAAACCCAAACUGAACUCACCCAAACUAAGCAAAAUGAAGCCGACAAAACUAAAAAAAUAGAAAAGUUGAAAGAAAAAUUAAACUACCAACUUUCCUGGAAAACCAAACUAAAACAUAUAAUAAUUGGAAGUUUACUUGCCUGGGGAGAAGCAAUUUACCAAAAUAUUCCGUUCAAUAAACCGGAAUAUAAUAAUCUCACUAAUUUAUUUCGCUUUCCCCAAACUGAAAAAGAAUUAAAAAGUUUAGCCAAAAUUAAGCAAAUAUUAUUCCCUUUACCGGUUAAUAAUCCUAAUUUAGAGAGUGAAAUCAUGGACUUAAAAAUUAGGGAUUUAACUAUUCAAAUCCCCAAUAAAAAAUCUGAAUUAGCCGAAGCAAUUAAUAUUCUUAAAAAUAAAUUAAGCAAGUCCGAAAAAUAUUUAUUUGAAAAACUGCUUACUGAAAAUUAUAAUUCAGCCGAAUUAAAAGAAAGCAUGGUUGUAGAAUAUGCAAAAAGGAGGCUAAGAAAGGGAGUAGCAAGAAGAAAUAAAGAAACGGUUAAAAUAGUUAAAGAAGGCACCAAAAAUAUUCGAAACCAACUUUCUAAUUUUGUUGAUGUUUUUGAACCAAAUGAAUUAGAAGAGAUAAACAAUUUAAUAGACUGUUUAGAAGAAGAUGAAGUAGAAGCGGUUUUGCUUAAUAUUUUUUCGCAACCAACUAUUUCUGGGUAUUUUUUGGGUUGCAUCACAGAGAAAAUUGAUGAUUUUAAUAAGGGUUAUUCAAGUGUAUUAACCUCUGAUGAUAGAGAAAUUUUGAAAGGUGCUUAUAUUAAAUCUUUUGGUCAUAUCGAUUCGCUGAAUAAUGAAAAAGACAAGGCGUUUUUUAAUAUUUUUUCAAAACAUAAGUCAGAAAAAGAGAAACGACAUUUUAUUAAAAAUACUAUCGAAAAACUGAAAGAUUGGGAUUUGUUGAACCAAGUUGAAAAAAAAAAAAUUAUUGAAGUGAUUCAGGGAGCGGAAUUUACGGUGGAAAAUAGCAAAAAUUUAAAAGAAAUAAUAAUUAAACAA